AUGAGAUGCAGUUAGAAGUGUUCCGAAUUACGUCUAGGAUAGUCUCCCUUGCGAAGUCGGGUCGGAUUAGCCAUGCUCGCAAGAUGUUCGAUGAAAUGUCUCACAGAGAUGCAGUCGCUUGGAAUGCAAUGCUUGCCAGCUAUUCCCAUCUGGGUCUUCACCAAGAGGUCCUCUCUCUUUUCGGACGAAUGAGAAUGUGCGAUACUAGGCCCGAUCACUUCACGUUCACUGCAACUCUGAGUGGCUGUGCUGGCGCUUGCGAGCUUCGAUGUGGAACUAAAAUUCAUGCUUUGAUACUUGUUUCGGGUUACCGAUCUUAUUUGCCUGUUGGCAAUGCGCUAAUUGAUAUGUACGGAAAGUGUUUGAGUCCCUCUAGUGCUACCGGAGUGUUUGAAGAGAUGAAUCUUAGGAAUGAAGUGACUUGGUGUUCGCUCUUGUUUGCUCAUACCAAGGCUUGUCAGUUUGAUAUCGCAGAUAAAGUGUUUGAAGUUAUGCCAAUAAGAGUGGAGAUCGCUUGGAAUAUAAUGAUUGCAGGUCACGCACGGUGUGGGGAAAUUGAAUCGUGUUUGGCCUUGUUGAAAGAGAUGCUGAAGACUUCAUGUUGGCCGGAUCAGUGGACCUUUAGUGCCCUCGUGAAUGCUUGUGCCGAAUCAUCAGAAGUUCUAUGUGGAUGCUUGUUACAUGCUUUUAUCAUUAAG